UGGUGUGUGUUGUCUGUCGUCGUUUCUCCGCGCUCGCAGGUCCUGCUGCGGGGGGCCGCCGCCGCCAUGGGGAAGCGGCAGCACCAGAAGGACAAGAUGUACAUUACCUGUGCUGAGUACACUCACUUCUAUGGUGGCAAGAAACCAGAUAUCCCACAAACAAAUUUUCGUCGUUUACCUUUUGACCACUGCAGUCUCUCUCUGCAGCCCUUCGUCUACCCGGUGUGCACCCCCGAAGGCGUCGUCUUUGACUUGCUGAACAUCGUUCCUUGGCUUAAGAAGUAUGGGACCGACCCCAGCAAUGGAGAGAAACUGGACGCGAGGUCCCUGAUCAAGCUGAACUUUGCCAAGAACAGUGAAGGGAAGUACCACUGCCCGGUGCUGUUCACCGUGUUCACCAACAACACUCACAUCGUGGCUGUCAGGACCACUGGCAACGUCUAUGCCUACGAGGCCGUGGAGCAGCUAAAUAUCAAGGCCAAGAACUUCCGGGACCUGCUGACUGACGAGACCUUCUCCCGGCAGGACAUCAUCACUCUCCAGGACCCCACCAAUUUGGACAAAUUCAACGUCUCCAACUUCUUUCACGUUAAGAAUAACAUGAAAAUAACAGACCCGGAUGAAGAAAAGGCCAAACAGGACCCAUCUUAUUAUUUGAAGAACACAAAUGCUGAGACGCGAGAGACGCUGCAGGAGCUCUACAAGGAGUUCAAAGGGGACGAGGUCCUGGCGGCCACCAUGAGAGUGCCGGAGAAGAAGAAGGUGGACAGGCUGAACGCUGCCCACUAUUCCACUGGGAAGGUGAGCGCCUCCUUCACCUCUACUGCCAUGAUUCCAGAGACCACGCAUGAAGCAGCCGCCAUUGACGAGGACGUGCUGCGCUACCAGUUUGUGAAGAAGAAGGGCUAUGUGCGGCUGCACACCAACAGGGGCGAUCUCAACCUGGAGCUGCACUGCGACAUGACACCAAAAACCUGCGAGAACUUCAUCAAGCUCUGCAAGAAGCAGUAUUACGACGGCAUCGUCUUCCACAGGUCCAUCAGGAACUUCGUGAUCCAGGGGGGUGACCCCACUGGCACAGGCACGGGUGGAGAGUCGUACUGGGGAAAGCCCUUCAAAGAUGAGUUCCGGCCCAACCUCUCGCACACGGGCCGGGGCAUCCUCAGCAUGGCCAACUCUGGGCCCAACACCAACAAGUCUCAGUUCUUCAUCACCUUCCGCUCCUGCGCCUACCUUGACAAGAAGCACACCAUCUUCGGGCGGGUUGUUGGGGGCUUUGACACACUGACAGCCAUGGAGAGUGUGGAGAGUGACCCCAAAACUGACCGCCCUAAGGAGGAGAUCCGCAUCGACUCCACCACGGUGUUUGUGGACCCCUAUGAGGAGGCCGAUGCUCAGAUUGCUGAGGAGCGGAAGAAGACACAGCUCGAGGAGGUGGCCCCAGAAAGCACGGUGAAGACAAGCCAGCCCAAGCCAGGGAGCCAGGGCUUGCAGACAUACCGCCAGGGGGUGGGCAAGUACAUCAACCCAGCGGCCACGAAACGUAUAGCAGAGGAAGAACCAUCAACCAGUGCAGCUGUCCCCGUGGCCAAGAAAAAGCCCAGCCGAGGUUUCGGGGACUUCAGCUCGUGGUAGCAGCAGGCCUGCUGCCCUGUGUCCACGUUACUGAUUUUUCCGCCGUCAUAAGCCUGCCCUUCGGGCUGCAACUCAAUAAAGUGCUUGCCU